AUGAACGCGCUUUACCUCCUGUUCGCCAUGCUCACGCUCAAACUUGUGGUAACCAUACAUACAAAAACUCAGCCCAACUUCCUAAACAGCACCUACCAACUGAAAAAAUGCAGAACACUGAACCUACGAAGAACCUUCAGGAAAAUCAAGCAAAGAAACCACAGGCUAUUCGUGUCCCUAUUUGACGAAUAUGAUGAAAAGUGUAUAAGAGCACUCAUUAUGGCCAGAGAAGUGGCCAAAAAUCAUAACGAGAAGGAAAUCCUACUAAAGCAUCUCCUAAUUGCCAUCAUCAGAAUUGAUUCCAACUUAGUAAAACACAUUUUAAACUUUUUCAAUAUCUCCCUAACGACGUUUUUGGACAAGUUAAAUAAGGAAAUGAAUAAAGCGGCGGGGGAGACGAGCUUUGGGACAAACCAGGAAAGACAAAAUGCCCCCCCAGGGGACGUGCCCCGACAAUGGGGGACACAAAUACACCAGAUACCAAUACAGGAGACACCAACAGAUCAGCUUCGUCUCGCAGAUAGAAGCAAAGAUGCUGUAGAAGGCGAAGGAGCGCAUCAAUCGAACGACCCAAACAGAGAACACAAAAUGAUGAGUACCUUCAUCAACAAACACAUCCAAGACAUAGAGGACAAAAUAAAUCAACUAAAGAAUCUGGACAAGGGACAAAGUGAUAUUUCCACGGAGCCCGACGAUUCUGACAGCUCCGUGGAGGACUCAGGGGAAAGAGAUGAGGCAGCUAGGAACCUCAUCCGUGACGCUGCAAAGCGCAUUCUGGGAGCUCACGCGGGCCAUCUGGAGGACCCAGCCAAUGGAUCGCCCCCUCUGGAUCGGCCCACCCCAGGCGAGUUGGCCAGCCAUUCACCCGACAACUUAUCCAGCGAUGUAUCCAAGGAGUUGUCAAAGGAGUUCUCCCACCAGUUGCCAAGUCACCUCCCGAGCCAUCUCCUCGACGAAAAGGCAGACAUCAAAUUUUCCCAAAACUGCAAGCGAGUGCUUCAUAACGCGGUGCUAGAAGCAAGGAGGAGGAAAAAAAUGUUCGUCAAUGUAACGGACAUACUGAUCGCCCUCAUCAACAUGGCACAGGAGAAUCAGAACUCCGAAUUCCUGAGGUACCUGAGCGAACUCAACAUAAGCGUCAAUGAUUUGAAGAGAGAGCUAACUGGUUACGACGAGGAAAAUUACUCUACACCUCCGACGGGAAGAACAAGCCGUAACUCCCACUGGGAUGAUGACCAGAAUGGUAACCAUGCAGAGAAACGUGAAGAAAAUGGCUCUCACAGUGAAACGACCGAAAAUAGAGACGACAACCAACGAAUGCGAAGCGUGAACAACGAACAACCGAAUCACCACUUUAUGAACAAUCUAAACAAUGACUACCUUAACCAAACGAGGGAAUUCAAAAACUACGAAGAAAGUAAAUUCCCGUCAAACAGCAAAUUUUUUAGCUCCUCCUAUGUGAAAGAUUGCCUAACCGAUAUGGUCCAAGCAGCGUAUGAAAAAGGGCAUGAACAUUUCUUUGGAAGAAAAAAAGAAAUAAAAAGAAUAAUAGAAAUAUUAGGAAGGAGAAAAAAAUCCAACCCAUUACUCAUUGGAGAAAGUGGGGUCGGAAAAACAGCCAUUAUCGAACAUCUGUCUUAUUUAAUAUUGAAAGAUAAAGUGCCAUACCAUUUGCGCAAUUGUCGAAUUUACCAGCUCAACGUUGGAAACAUUGUAGCUGGGACCAAGUACAGAGGAGAAUUUGAAGAAAAGAUGAAACACCUGCUAAACAAUAUGAACAAGAGAAAAAAAAACAUUCUUUUUAUUGACGAGAUUCAUGUUAUCGUUGGUGCAGGCAGUGGGGAGGGAUCAUUAGACGCUUCCAAUCUGUUGAAGCCGUUUCUUUCGUCAGACAAUUUACAAUGCAUUGGCACCACGACAUUUCAAGAGUACAGUAAAUAUAUCGAAUCGGAUAAAGCUCUGAGAAGACGAUUUAACUGCGUCCCUGUGAAACCCUUCACCGCCAAGGAGACUCUCCUCCUACUGAAGAAAAUUAAAUACAACUAUGAGAAGUACCACAAUAUUUACUACACAAAUGAUGCCCUCAAAUCGAUCGUUAUGCUCACGGAGGACUAUCUCCCCACGGCCAAUUUCCCCGACAAGGCCAUCGACAUAUUGGACGAGGCCGGCGCGUAUCAGAAGAUCAAGUACGAAAUGUUCAUGCGGCAGAGGUUACGCGAUGAGCGUAGCGGAAAGGCGAUUAGCGGGAAGGUGAAUGGUGACGAGGUGAUUAACAGCCAGCUGAUUAGCUGCCAGGUGAACGGCGAUCAGCUGAUUGGUGAGGAGCAUCCACCUGCCAAGCUCCGCACCGCUGAGGACAAACCCGCUGCCAUCGACGAGGACAGAAAUAUCGAGGCACAGAAUUACCUCCAGAACAUGCACAUGAAGUACGUCACGUCAGACGUGAUCGAAAAUAUUGUCAGCAAAAAGUCGUCCAUAUCAUACAUAAAAAAAAACAAAAAGGAGGAAGAAAAAAUCAUAAAAUUGAAGGAAAAACUAAACAAAAUUAUAAUCGGACAAGAAAAAGUAAUCGACAUAUUAUCCAGAUAUCUCUUCAAAGCCAUAACGAACAUUAAGGAUCCGAAUAAGCCAAUUGGCACGUUGCUACUAUGUGGCUCAUCAGGAGUUGGAAAGACGCUGUGCGCCCAAGUGAUAUCCAAGUAUUUAUUCAAUGAAGAUAACCUAAUCGUAGUCAACAUGAGUGAGUAUAUAGACAAGCAUUCAGUAAGCAAACUGUUCGGUAGCUACCCCGGCUAUGUAGGAUAUAAGGAAGGAGGAGAACUCACCGAGAGUGUAAAGAAAAAACCAUUUUCUAUUAUCCUCUUCGAUGAAAUUGAAAAGGCACACGGUGAAGUUUUACAUGUCUUAUUGCAAAUAUUGGACAAUGGAAUCUUAACAGAUUCAAAGGGAAAUAAAGUAUCUUUUAAGAAUACCUUUAUCUUCAUGACAACCAAUGUAGGGUCAGACAUUAUCACCGAUUAUUUCAAGCUCUACAAUAAGAAUUACUCAAAUCUGGGCUUUAAGUAUUACCUUGGUAAGAAGCAAAAUAGGGAAGGGACAAAUGAUUCUUCUCUCCACAAGAGCCAACUCCCUGAAGGAGUAAACGGGGUAGCUAACUCAAUGGUGGAAGAUCCAACCGGAUUGAGCAACAACAGUGGGGACGACAUGAUGCAGAUAAACCAUAGAAGUGAUAACCCUCUUGAGAACGCCCCUAGCCAACAACCAAACAGCUACGACCUUUUUGAGGAAAAACUACGAACCAACAAAUGGUACGAAGAGUUACAACCAGAAAUAGAAGAAGAACUGAAGAAGAAAUUUCUUCCAGAAUUCCUAAACAGGAUAGACGAGAAAAUUAUUUUCCGGCAAUUUCUCAAAAGAGAUGUUGUGAAUAUUUUCCAAAAUAUGAUUAACGAUUUGAAAAAAAGAAUUAAAAAAAGAAAAAACCUCAAUUUGAUUAUCGAACAAGAUGUUAUUAAAUACAUUUGUAGUGACGAAAAUAAUAUUUACGACAUGAAUUUUGGUGCCAGAUCUAUUAGAAGGGCACUGUAUAAGUAUAUCGAAGAUCCCAUUGCUUCCUUCUUAAUUGCUAAUUUGUGCGAACCGAACGAUUCUAUUCAUGUUUCUCUGUCCAGCGAUAAGAAAAUUAAUGUCAAGUUGUUGAAGGCGUCCGUAGACCAGCUUGCGUUGUAA